CACGCUGCCGCUCCGCCCAUAGGGGCGAGCCGGGGGCCGGCCGACACCUGCCGCGGCCGCAGAGCCGCCGCUCCUGCUGGCCUCUUGCGUCCUUCCCGGCCGCGGCAAUGGAGCCGUAGGGGCGGCCGCUCUUCCCCGGGGGGUAAGGAGAGAGCUCCCGCAGGCGGCGGGCAGGAGCCCGAGAUGGCGGACAGCGCCGCGGCCACCGCCGCCCCCCGCGCCGGCGUCAAGGGCGGCUCGGCGGGGCCCUGGUGGAAGUCGCUGACCAGCAAGAAGAAGCACAAGGAAGCGGCGGCCGCGCCGCCGCCCCCCGCCGCCGCCGGCGACGCCCCCGCCGAACCCCCCAACCCCGGCGGCAGGGAGGAGCAGUCGGUCCCGUUCGGCAGCGGCGAGGCCGCGGCCGCGGGCGGUGGCAACCGGCGGAGCCUCCGCGUCUCGCACUCGGGCCGCUUCAAGGAGAGGCGGAAGGUGCGCACCUCACUGCUGGCCGACAGCCCCGACGUGUUCGACGGCGGCGGUGCCGCGGGCCAUGCCGCCCAAGGGGGCGAGUAGCCCAGGAGGGUUUCGCCCCGGAACAGCCACUGGACAGGGGGCCGGAGCCCGCGGCUGCCCCACAGCCCAGGUUGGCCUCGCUUGGCCGCGUUGGCAACGUGGAGCGGCCCCCCCGGGCCUGACCAGGCACUGUGGGGAGCCCAGCACCUCAUGUGGACAAGUGAAUCGCAUGCAGUGUCACGCCAACACCGCCAAGACCAAAGCCCCAGGUGACGGGACGCUGUGAUUGUCUUAAAAUAACACCAAUAAACACCCCACUCCUUGCACUGUGGUGAGCGGACUCCAAGGUGCUAUCCCAGGGCCGAUGCUGGGGUCCCUCUACCUUCCCCCAGCCCUUGCCAGGAGCCAACAUGCUGACGCCUCGGGCCAGUAAGCCAGCUCCUCUCGGGCCGAGGAGGCGCUCUGCUGCUCUGUUCUCACGCGCUGUCUUAUCGAAGGAGGGGGAACAAAGUGCUCUUAAUGUGCUCUUUCAGGGCUGAGGACCUCUGGUGGGGCCAUGUGGGCUCCUGCCCUGCAUUCGCUGACACACCGGGAGCCCGUCCUCUUUGCCCUGUAAGGGUCGAAAGAGAGGUAUUGUGAGAGGCAGGUGCUUGCAUUGCCCUUGUCCCACACCACAUUGUAUUUAAAUAUGCAAAAAGCAGGACUGUGCUGGUGUUCUCCCUCUCCUUACUGUGUAAUGAUAAGCGGAUUUUCAGCGGCUGGUCUCCCAUAGCUCUGUUACAGAGGGAGGCAGCUUGUUGUCAAGCAAUUCGUGCUAUUUACCUAGGGAACACAUGAGUUUUGCAUAAUGAAGAUGAAGAAAUUAUGUGAUAAAAUGUAAAUUCUCUUUUGGGAGAUGGGGCUAGCACAGGUAGGGUUGUACUAAUGUGGAAAUAGGCUUGGGCACAACUGGAAAUGUUCUUUACUGUUUACCAUGUCCAGGGCUUGUGAAGCAAGAUUAAAGAUUCCCAGGAUUUCUUUUGAUAGCAAAAUAAUGUGCUUUAACUCUGGUAACUGUCUGCUUCUUUUGACAGCUCCUGGAUUUUUGGACAAAGUAAACUAUAAACCAGAUUUGUACUGGUGGUGUGCCUUACAGAGCAAACUCUGCUAAAAACACUCAGCAAUUACACAUUUCUGGAUAGUAGGUGAUGUAGCAACAAUUGAUUUAUUUAUUUUAAAUGCAUUCCCAAUAUACUUUGUAGUUUUUAGACCUUUUCUGAAUGUGAGAUAAGAUAUUCCAUAGUGGCAGAGACUGAAAAUCAUUUCCUAGGAGUCAGGUAUUACAGAGUUAUGAUUUUGUUUGGCUGUAACUAAUGAUUCAAGGUCAAUUAAAAAUAAAAAGUGACCUGAAAGAAACAAGAGCUGAGUUCCAGGUGAAAAUACCAAGUAAAACAGUCACUGACAGUCUGGGCAAGUGCCCCGUGGUUCAAUGUGUGUGAUAAUACAUAAUGGACUUUGAAAGCUCCUGUGUGAUAAAACACAACCUAGCUGGCUUAGGUACUUACUGGCCUGUCACUCAGCUGCUCCUCCAGACUCUGAAACCCAAGGACAGAGGGAUAGUAGCAUCAAAUCUGUUUCCAUGAAAGCUUUUUAUCUACCCAAUGUAUGGACAUAUGCUCUUCUUAUUUAGUAAAACCACAAGGUUCUGGGUCUGGACUCCC